GUCCUUUUUUUUUUUCAAAAAAUAAAGUUAACUUCACAAAGCAAGAAUUGAAGAGCGUGUUUCUCUCAUUCAUCUCAGUUGCAGAGCGUCCUGCUGCCAUGGAAGCUUACAACAACGAAGAAUUCGCAGUUGGAUGCAUUUUAUCCAUCAAGACUUCUUUAGGCGAUGAGUUUGAAGCCCAAGUUAUCGCCUUUGACAAACCCUCCAACAUCCUCGUCCUUCAAGAAGGGGUACCUGCAUCAGGGCCAAAGAGAGACAUAAGGUUAUUGAAAGCCAACUACAUUAAAGAGUUCAGUUUUCUUGGUCAAGGCCAAGACCCACUUGAUACCAAUAAAUGUUUUCUUGAUCUCAAUAGCCUUCAAUCUAGAGAAGAUUCUGCUAUUAGACAAGCGCAGAUAGAUGCUGAGAGAUUUGGCGUUGGUGUCACUGCUGAAGCUCAGACUAUAUUUGAUGCUUUGUCUAAAACGUAUGUGCCUUCUCCUCCUUAA